AUGGGAGCCAGUCCAACCAGCAUCUCUAACGACAUCACAUCCUGGAGGGGGGUCUCCUGGAGCAUCGGAGGGGAUAAAAACUUGCAGAAUCAGACCACGCUGCCCAACAUUCUGAGGAAGUUCAACACUCAAAUCCACGGCUCGUCCACCGGCACCUGGAAGGAGACAGCAGGGCUGAACGUCGCCACGGAGCAGGCCAGGUCUCGGGACCUGAUGAACCAAGUCAAGGAUCUGGUACAGCAAAUGAAAAGCAUGCCUGAAAUCAACCUUGCUGAGGACUGGAAGCUGAUCACCAUCUUCAUCGGGAUCAAUGACUUGUGUGAUUACUGUGACACUGGGGAUGAAAAUGCAGCCACUGCAUACUUUGAGGAUGUCAAGAAAGCCCUGGAUGUGCUCUCCUCAAAGCUUUCCAGGGCUUUUGUAAAUGUGGUUCAACUUAUGGAAGUGACUGACCUGUAUCAGAACCAAGGCAAACAUUGUGCACAACCCAUCACGUCUCUGUUCACCUGUCCUUGCUUCAGGAACCCCCCAAACUCCUCCAAAUUAGAAGCAUUGAUAAAAAUGAACAAGAACUUCCAGACCACCAUCUAUAAAUUGUCUACCUUGGAAGAGUUCCAAAAUCGAGAGGACUUCACUGUUGUUGUGCAGCCGUUCUUACAAAAAAUCUCUAUUCCACGAGACAAGGAUGGCACAAUGGACAGUACCUUCUUCUCCGAAGACUGCUUCCACUUAUCAGCACGCAGUCAUGAUCAGAUGGCCAUGGCGCUCUGGAACAACAUGUUGCAGCCAGUGGGCGAGAAGUCAUCCUCCAUUGACUUCAGCAGCACUGGAGACAAGCUCAUCUGCCCCACUGCUGCAAAUCCCUACCUCUUCACCAUAAUGAACAGUGAGGCAACAGGAAAACUUCGGCUCAUGUGGCUUUUCUGGACCAUAUUUGCAUUAGUAGUAUUUUUUAUCUUUACAUUUACUGUCUUACUGACACUGGUACUUCUAGAGAGGGAAAAAGCCAAGGUGGCGGUGGAGGAGACUUCUAGUGAAAGCUAGGCCUGCCAGGGGCACGGGGCUCCUCUUACGUUGCCAGCCAUAUUCCUCACCAGUCCUCCACCUCAAAUACCAAGAGAGCGUUUGCUGGUAACGUAGGAGAUGAAGGGACAGUUAUGAUAUCUUGAAGCCUGGCCAUACCCUUCAGGAAUUGGCAAAUUUAAAUAAAGACCACAGCCAGUCUA